AUGCAACCUCAGCAACGCCGAUUCAUCCACCGUUCCCCCGUGCCUCUCCGCCUGAAGCUCCGCCUACUGCGCCGUAGUGCCAACCGAGCUCACCUAACAAUUCCUAAUGUGAGCUUCACGUUGGACACUUUCUCCGAUGCCGACUGUGUUCAGAAGUUUCGUUUCACGAAGACGACGCUACGAUCGAUGGCCAACUUUCUCCGAAUCCCUGCUCGAGUCGUCACUGCCGAACGAACUGCGUGCUCUGCUGUCGAGGCUCUCUGCAUACUGCUGCGUCGAUUCGCCGUCCCCGACCGGUGGUCUGACCUCAUGUCAAUGUUCGGACGCUCUCGCAGUGGUCUGUGCAACAUCUUCCUCCAUGUGCUCGACCAUAUUCACAACGAGUUCGCCGACAUCAUUUUCUUGGACCGCGACCGCAUCAGCGCCAAGUUGGCUGACUUUAGUCAAGCAAUUUUUGACAAAGGCGGCGAGGUUGAAAACGUGUGGGCGUUCAUUGACGGAACCGUUCGGGAGUGCUGCCGUCCGGGAGGUGAUGAACGGCAGCGAUGUGUUUUCAAUGGCCACAAGCGUCGCCAUGCUGUCAAGUACCAGACACUGAAAGUGUCAUUGGCAUGGACGGUCGUUUUGGUGGAUUUGUUGUUUAUGGUGACCCUGCCUAUGGUUAUUCUGACCAACUGGCCUCCCCCUUUGGAGGAGCUCGUUUGA